AAGAGUUGCUCUGGCUAGCCUCUUAUUGCUUUACUUCUCCGCUCCUUAAACGUGCUCUACGCCUUUUGUCUUUCUAUACUGCAAGCCGAUCUUCUGCAGCAAAGUUUACUCGUGUCAUUAUCUGCAAUCACUGGUAUAUAAUCUUCGUUCAUCUCCACAAUGAGUUCUCAGUCGACCUUUUCCGGCUUCUCUUCAGACCAAGAAUCUGCCUAUCUCUCCCGGGCCAAAGUCGUCAAUCGGAUACGUCUCGGCGUGGCGUUUCUGAUCUUUGCGGCAGCAGUUGCAAUUGUCGGUUGCGAGGCCGUCCCACUACAUCACUAUAAGGAGACAAGUUCUUUUGAGAAAUACUGGCUCGUUCUUUGGCCUCUCAACCUCGACCUGCGUCAGACGAACGCUCUAUUGGCUUGUGGUGCAGUGAUCGCCUUCCAGGCAUUGAUCUAUAUCAUCGCAGCCAUUCUGCCCUCACCUCAUUCAAAAACAAGGCUCCUCACCUUCCUUUCCGCAGCCGUCGCGCUCGCAGGACUUAUAACAUCCGUGACUGGCGUGGUUUUCGCCAUCUACAUGCCUCCAUCAAGAUACCCGAACGGAUUCACCAAUUACGAGACAAUCCACUCUUGGACUUGUAGAUGGAAAUCCCUAAAGGGAAUGAAUGUCACUGAUAAUGGUCAAUCUCUGAGUGCCCCUGCCAGCUUCUCUCGCGACUGCAUGGAAACCAGAGCUGGAUUAAUCCUGCUUGGGUUGUUGAUCAGUCUCGAGGUGAUCAUGGGCGCUGCUGCUGCCGCUGGAUGGUUCCUUGAACGUGGUGUCGACAGGAAGCGACGUGAAGAUUUCGAGCUACAGAAGGCCACGAUCACUGUCAAGGGACCUUGAGGAAGUUUCAGGAGCCGUGUGACCUCAUAUGAUCUUGUUUGCUGAGUGGAAGAUUUAGGAUAUAUAUAUACAAGGAAUUUUGAGCAGUUCAGAUGCUUCUGAAAGGAUUUAGGGUGUAGGAAUAGGUACCUGUUAGUUAUUGGGACAGUCGAUUGAACAAUGCUUCACGAUGAAUGUAGAUGGUAUACAAUGCUGUAUUAGGCACCAUCAGGAGUGGCGUCACUAUUAGUAUUUCAUAUUCUAAUAACGAUAUCAAAUAUUCAGUUGUUGUUUCUUCCUAGGAAUGUCAUUCUUAGAAUGUGAG